UAUUCCCAUAAAAUAAUUGUUUACUAGUGCAUGGUAGGGACAAUACAACGGCAUGAUAUAUUUAUUUAGUACACACCACAAUAGAAAAAUGGUUGGCGUGGAAUGUAGAUAAAACUUGAAUUAUUAUUCAAAGAAAUCUUAUCUGCCCAAUUUUGAAAUUUCAUACGGCCGGUAUAGGGAAUUCAUCAGGUUCAGGAUUUUGUGUACAGGGUUCUAAUAUAUAACAGAUAUGCUAAGGGGAGUGAUCUCUUUAGAACCUCCAAGACUUGCGGUUUCGGGUGAGUCGAGAUACUUGACCCGGCUUCAGGUAUUUGGAAACAAAGAUGCCACAAUCACUGAUUUUGAGCUUGGAGCUGACAAAGUUGACCCAAAUCAUCAGAAAAUACAGGAAAAGAUAGAAGCUGCACUAAAGGCCGUAACGUUCCGGGAGCAACAUGUUCUGGUUCAGUUUUGGUCACCUCAAGAGGCUGGGAACCACCAAUUACUUACAACCAUAAAUCAACCAUAUGGUCUUGGAGUAAUGGAUGCAAAGCUUAGUUCGUAUAGACGGGACCCUUUGGUUGUAGAUACGGACCGUGAAGAGGAAGACUGUAGUCCUGUAGCUCGGGUAUUUAAACGAGGGUUGCCUGAGUGGGCUUCUGAUUUGAAUAAUUACACCCGAAAACAAUUUCCACAACAAGAGCGUGCAAUUCGUUGCAAUCUCCAUGGAUACUUGGCUUUGCCGGUUUUUGAUUCGACGACAAGGUUAUGCGUUGGUGUUCUUGAGCUCUUGAUGUCUUCGAAGUAUACAAGUUAUGCAUAUGAGGUUCAACAACUUCACAACGCACUAAAGACAGUAGAGCUCAGAAGCCAGCAAGCAUUUGAUUAUCCCGCUCUAAAUGUUCCUAAUGAACGCAAGCGGAAAGAUUUCGAUGAAAUCUACGGUAUUCUGAAAACGACGUGUGACAUCCACGGUUUACCUCUUGCUCAGACAUGGGCCGUGUCCCAACACACUAGUUUUGUUUCCCAUGAAAAGGUUGUACAAAAGAGCUGUAGUAGUUUUGACACUAGAUGUGUCGGGAAAGUAUGCAUGUCAAGAGCCGCUCUACCUUUUCAUGUUCAAGACCUGGGCGCGUGGUCUUUUUUGAAAGCGUGUCGAGAACGACACCUGGACGUGUCCCGUGGCUUUGUCGGCAAGGCGUUGUUAUCCCGCGGUUCAUGUUUUUGUGAAGAUGUAACAAAACUCAGCGAAGAAGAGUACCCUUUGGUACACAACGCACGCAUGAACGGGUUGACCAUCUGCUUUGCAAUCUUCUUGCAUAGUGUUGAAGUCAAAGACGAGUAUGUCUUGGAGUUCUUUCUACCGCCAGACAUCAAAGAUAGCGAACACGUAUCGAACUUUGUGCAGACAUUGAAGCAGAAGAUUGAAAUAGCUUCCGGAUUUGAACUCGGUGACAGCUCAUGUAUACAAGAAGUUGGACCACCUACAGAAGUUGGUAAAUCUUUAAGUAUAGACGCUCAUGCUAUCCAAAUAUCAUCGAUCACAACAACAAAUAACAACAAGCUUGAGACGGUCACAUCAGAUUCAGAGUCGGUCAUGGUAAAUAUAGCUAAUAAAACCGAGUCUUCUGCAAAUGUAUCGAACCAAUGCCAGUCCAAACAAGUUUACCUGGAGGAUGAUUUUGGACGACACGACUCUAAUGCAGUUGGUGCACGAAAAAACAAUGAAAUGAUAUCCUAUCCCGGUGUGAGUAUGCAGAAAACGAGCGAUAACAUUACUGAUGCAGGUGAAAAAAACAACCGUUUGAAACAAGGAAGAAAGCGUAAAAUAGACUCUCUUACAAUGGAGGCAGUUAAGAAACAUGUUGAAAAACCAAUAGAACAAGCAGCCAAGAGUCUUGGUGUUAGUCGGUCUACAUUGAAGCGUUUUUGUCGAGAGCAUGAUAUGCCAAGUUGGCCGUUACCAAAGCAUAGCAAAAAAACUGUUCAUACUACCAACUUAAAGCCGUCACAAAAAUCACGGCCAAAGCAAAACUUGCAACGGCCUUCAAAUAUACGGCUCGGUUUAUUUUCUGCUGUGUUCCUGAUGGUAAGGGUUAAGAGGUGGAGUUGUUCAAUUAAACGUCAUGGAUUUUCCGGAAAAUGGUGGAGUUGCGGCAGGCAUACGUAUCUUCCUUCGAAAUCCGAUUUUAUAUACCAAGCGGCACGCCUGUUUGUGCAGUUGAGACGGUGGAAAAAUAAGAAAUCAACGAGGAACUCAUUGCGUAGUGGUGAUCACAAAUACGCAAUAAACAUUAUAACCCCGUAUUCGCGUGUUGCGGAACCUACUCUUGUUCAUGCACCCCCGAAACAGACCAUGACGAAAAUCUCAAAUAUAAAGAUGGUGACAGUGAAGGCGACUUUUAAAGACGAUAUGAUAAAGUUCCAAUUUCCUACUUCAUCGGGCCUUUUGGAACUAGAACACGAAGUGGCACGGAGAAUUAAGUUAAAAAGUAGAAGGCCUCAUUUAAAAUACAGAGAUGAAGACAACGACCUGAUACUCCUUGCUUGUGAUGCGGAUUUACAACAGCUUUUAGGGUUUGCAGCUAAUAACAGUACUAUCAGAUUAAUUAUUGUAACCGAUGAUUAAUUAUAAAACUACGCUUAGAUUUAUGAUUUAUGUAAGCACGUCCCCGACUUUCUAAAAUUACAUGUAUGUUCCCUAUGAUUUGACCAUUUGUUAGUUGGAUA